AUGCGUCAGGCCAAAGAUCGAGGACGUACGUUCGAUGACUUCAAGGGCGCGCUAACAACAUCGCCCCGCGGCGGCAUUUUGCCGGCGACGGUGGAGCAGAAGAAUCAGCCGAGCAAGCAUGCCCAACAAAUCAACACGCAACCGAUGCGCUCGGCGGAGCGGCAGCAGCAUGCGCGGCUGGAGCGGCUCAACGUGAGCCGGCCGGCGUGGCCGCUCAACUUCACCUUUGUCUACGACCCACUGGACCGCGACAUGGUGCGCAUGCUCCGCACUCGCGUGCUGGAGCCUACGCUGUCCCGCGUGUGGCACGAGCUCACGUGGAAGUGCUGCCGGCAUGAGAAGGGUGUCGUCGUCGACGUCGGCAGCAACUAUGGCUGGUACACGCUACUGGCCGCCAGUCUCGGCUGCGACGUGCUCGCGGUGGAUCCGGUGCCCUCCUACCAGCGGAUAUUAAAGCGGAACCUUGACGAGAAUGGACUUCAACACAGGGUGACGAUGAGGCGCGCGGUGGUGUACAACGAGCGCGGCACCUUCAAUGUGAGCGUCCCGAUUGCCGUCGCGGGAGGGCAGAAGCGGCGCAAGGUGCUGGGCAUGACAGGCAUGCACGGCGUCGCUGGCGUGCUCAAGUCUGACUCCCGAGACCGGCAGGCCGGCGGCUCGUACCUCGUCAGUGCAGCCUCGGUGAGCCUCGACAAGCUGCUGGCCGCGUAUGGCACGCGGCCAAUCUGCAUGCUGAAGCUCGACGUGGAGGGGUACGAGCCGCAGGCGCUCCUCACGGCUCGAGACACGCUCGACUCGGGCCGUGUGCGCGCGCUGCAGGUGGAGGUCAACCGGGUGUAUGCGCAGGGUGCCGUCCAGCAGAACUUGCGCGUGACCGAGCUCCUCGAGGAGCUCGACCGGCGGCGCUUCCGCGUUCGGCAGGUGCACAGCAAGUGUGCGCACGCGAGGAAGGCCGGCAGCCUCUGCGUCGACUCUGCGGACGCUCUGCCGCCUGACGGGGUGAGGUGGGAGGAGGCGCCGUCCGUUUGGGCGCGCCUGGACGAGAUACCCUCCAACCGGAGCCGGCAACGGGCCGCGAACGCCCGCUGCUACCAGAGCAUCUUUGCGGACCGGUUCAACUGGAGCGGCAGGCCUUCCGCGAUGGAGCACGCCUUCCGCGACGACAUCGUCGGCAUGACCGCCGACAUUGUGGCCAUUCCGACCGGUGCCCCGCCCGCGGCUGCCCACGAGCACGCCUGCGUGGCGCCGCCGUUGGCCCUGCGGCAGCGCCGCUACCAAUAUGAGUACCGGUACAAGCGGGAGACCGUAGCUAGCGGUGGCGUGCGGGCGCGGGUUUCUGCGGUCUAA